AGGUUAAUUACAUGAAACGCGGCUACGUAAAGGCCGAUACACACGCAACGGCUUGAAGUUUAUUUCGAACCAUUUGGCUAUCACGUAUAUAUGUUUAAUUCUCUGUCUUUUAAAAAAAGACAUACAGUAAAAUAAAAUCAUAAGUUAAAUUGAUAAACUACGUUAUGCCGCAAAACUGAAAAUUAAUAAACUAUUUUAUAACUUAGACGAAUUUUAUUCAAUUCCUAGACACUCUGUGUUGACCUUUAUUUAUCUAGACGGAAACCUUUCAAUUUUGAUAAAUCAAUUGAAGUCAUUGACCUUAAACGUUAACGUAAACUUGAAAUGUUUCAGUGUAUCGUGUUUAUAUUAAUAUGCUUAGUAUCCUAUGGAUGUGGUGGGAAGCAUGGCUUGUUGUUGCUGUACCGACCUAUGGAUGUCAGCAACGAAUGUGCGUUUUCAGGGAGAUUGCGCUACGAUCUAUCGUUUGGCAUGGGAAUGUCUGACACCCUUACCUUGGUGUUCCGUACGUUAAGCGAAAUAGACUACGCGUGUGGUGUCGAGAUAGUCGCCCAGUCCUCUGAUGUUUUCCUGGUUGUGGUAAUAAAAUUCCCCACAAGCAUCGCCAAGAACUGUCACGCGAACAGGGACGCCUUCAGUGUGCUCAAGAAGAAUGCCUGUAUUCGACUGUGUGACGUCAUCGGAUCAAGAGAUAUGCUCUCCUUAUAUUUCGUAGUCACCGUCAAAGAAAGGAUCAGGUUUCGAUUUCUAAGUAACAGCAGUAUCAACUCAGAUAUUGAUGCAGAUCUGUAUCAAGUCACCGCAACAUCCGCACGUCUCAAACCGAAGACAGGUUGCAAUUUUCGUAACGAAACGCUUUGUGUGAUCGAUCGACAAGAGUUCUGUUUCACAAGCGGCGUGGUCUGCGACGGUAUCAAGAACUGUGGUGUCACUGAUUGGUUUGAUGAACGAAAAUCCGAAUGCAGUCUACCAAUAGAGUAUCUGAGCUACGCACCUGUGAUUGCCGUAGUAGGAGCCCUAAUAUGCGCAAUACUGGCUGGUGGACACCUACUGAUGAGAUGUCUCCCGCCCCUAGCCGACUCAUUCUUCAUAUUUAACGCCAACGAAGACAACAGACUCUGCAUCGACCCUAUAUUCAAACCACCAGAGCAAGUGCCGUUUGAAGUGAAUAAAGUAAAAAGAACUUCGUUAAUACCGCUCUUCUCCAGUUCAUCAUCAAGUCAACAUUCGGAAGCAAUAGAAAUGGAGCCAGUGGAAGUCGGACAUGCUGAGCAGGAGCACUCGUCAGGACACUCUAACAACGGCCAAACAGGUACAAAACGCAAGUCCACAAUGAAAUCAAUGACAGCAAAACUUCAAGAAAAGAUCCGCAACGUGACGGGACGGGGGAAAAUAAGGGCCUCAAUGAUGUCAAGUGGCACGGAACGUGAUGAGAAUGGAACUGUUUGAAUAUACUGCUUUUACUU